ACAGAACGUGUAAAUGUGAAAGACAACACCUUAACUUUGGUGUAAUUAUGGCUUUAAAAUUUGAUUUGAAAUUAUAAGCUCGAACUUUUAACCAUACUAAAAUAUUAAGGACUAAUUUGUGUAUAUUUUACCCUACCCGUGAUCUACUUCAACGUCAAACAGAAAACAGUUUGUUAGCUUUGAUGUUGCCUGUAUUUGUAGAUGUUAACACUGUAAUUUUAGUGAACAAACUAAAUAAGAUAAAUUCUUAAUUAAAAUUCAUAAUUGUGAACACGUUAUGUUUUUUAGAGCAGACCUCAUUCUUCAUAAACUGAGCUCAUAUUAAACACAAAUACAUAUGAGUAUUUGAAAGAAGGAAUAAACCAGCUAAACUAUUAGUGGUUGUUAAUAAUGCAAAACAUGGAUCUAUUGUGUUCGGAGAGUAUUGUAUGUGAUUCAGAUUCGGCAUAUCGCAUUAACCAACAACAAACGUAUGCUGAGCCCAUAAUCAGGACUGAUUUCUCAUCUACAACUUCUGAUAGUGCUGGUAACGUUGCAAACACAAUCGCAGCUUCAAAUCCAUCCAACAGCUCCAGUAAUUCCGUCGUGUGCAAAAGGAGUGAGAUUGUUUAUAUAUACGCAUCAGCAGAAUCAUUAAGGACCCAAAACCAAUCACACCAACUUCAAGAAAAAGGUAUGAAGGAACCUGUUGAAUGGAUUACUCGAAGCUGCAGCAAUCAGCCAUCGGCUGUUCGUCUUCAAGGGUGGCAGAGUAAAUCCGACCCACUCGGUUCAAAUUAUGUCAAUACGGCUAUUGGAGAUCCUACUUUUAAAUCUGAUCGAUGCCUGGAGAAUGCCUUGAAAGCUGAGGAAAAGCACCAACAGAUAGUCGAGACAUAUUUUAGGACUGUUCAAAGAGAUAUAACUCCGGCGAUGCGUAAAAUUGUGGUUGAGUGGAUGAUGGAAGUAUGUGCCGAAGAGAAAUGCCAGGAGGAGGUCGUAUUGUUGGCAUUGAAUUACAUGGAUCGCUUUCUUUCAACUAAAUCAGUACGCAAGACGCACCUUCAAAUUUUAGCAGCUGCCUGUCUUUUACUUGCUUCAAAACUUCGGGAACCCAGCUGUCGUGCCCUCUCCGUUGAAUUACUGGUCGUUUAUACGGACAACAGCAUUUACAAGGAGGAUUUAAUUAAAUGGGAACUGUACGUGCUCAGCCGACUGGGAUGGGAUCUUUCAUCUGUGACCCCCUUGGAUUUUCUUGAUCUUUUAAUUAUACGAAUGCCAAUAAAUAGUAAAAUCAUCCCUGAUAUAAGCAUUGCUAAAGUUAGACAACACGCUAAGGCCUUCAUAUCGAUGGCAGCCAAAGAACAUCAAUUUGCAAAGUACCCAGCUAGCACUAUAGCAGCAUCGAGUAUAGCCGCUUCAAUGAGUGGCCUAAAAUGGCAUCUGCGCACAGUCCAUAAUCUCCACUUUUUAUUGGGCCUACUUACGGACCUAACCAGCAUCGAACAAGUUCAGCUGCAGGAAUGUAUGUUACAUAUGGAGGCGAUUUUUGAAGAGCACAGUCGCAAACUGCAACCGUUUUUCGUUAACAUUGAGCAUCCUAAAACUGCAAAAAUGUACUACCAGCGUCGUUGUCAGACUCAUCCUACCCAGCAAUAUCAGCAGCAGCGCGCGCAACGCAUAAGGCAAAUGCCGGCACCGUCUCUGUCUCUUACAACUGCUGCAGAAAACGCUGAUCAAAAUUGCUUUAAAGCUGCCCGGCCCUAUCGGACGCAAACAUUAAAAAUGCUGGGGCAGGCUAAAACUGAGCUACAAGACAUACAAUUGUGAGACAAGAAAUGUUUGAGACAGUAUGCUAAACAUUAGUAGUUUAUUAUACAUACAUAAUUAAUUGUACAUUUAAUUACACAAACAAUAAGAAUACAUACUAUUCAAUAAUA